CCAGGGCCACCUGGGUCCUUUUAAAGUGUCCGGGGUGCGGGCCCCGGGCGAGAGCGCAGAUCACGGAAUGUUUUCUUAAAGGGCCAGUUCCAAGCGGCGCUGAAAAGGGGGGGGAGGGGGCAGAGAGAAGUGAGGUGAAGACCGAGAAGGCCGAGGAGAGCCCCCCAAUCCCGCGCCGAGGCGGCGGCGGCGGCGGCAGCGGCGCGACGAUGAGGAUGAUGAAUACAUUGCAAAGUUUUUUUGGCCCCGGCGAGGGGUGUCAGAUUGAGUGCUCUGUGCGCAUGUGCGAAGGUGUCCAAACUGACAAUGCUGGGGAGAUGAAGAUAGUGUGUAGCUGCUUCUGGGCUCAAGGAGGAGGAGAGAGAUUCCGCGAGCCGACACCAUGCGAUCCAAGGCGAGGGCGAGGAAGCUAGCCAAAAGUGACGGUGACGUUGUAAAUAAUAUGUAUGAGCCCGACCCGGACCUGCUGGCUGGCCAGAGUGCUGAGGAGGAGACCGAGGACAGCAUCCUGUCUCCCAUCCCCAUGGGGCCACCGUCCCCCUUCCCCACCAGUGAGGACUUCACCCCCAAGGAGGGCUCGCCCUACGAGGCUCCCGUCUACAUUCCCGAAGACAUUCCGAUCCCGCCAGACUUCGAGCUGCGAGAGUCCUCCAUCCCGGGGGCCGGCCUGGGGAUCUGGGCCAAGAGGAAGAUGGAGGUCGGGGAGAGGCUCGGCCCCUGCGUGGCGGCGCCCCGGGCGGCGCUGAAGGAGGCCGACUUUGGAUGGGAGCAAAUGCUCACGGAUCCCGAGGUGCCGUCCCAGGAAGGCUGCAUCCGAAAGAUCUCUGAAGACCUGGGCAGCGAGAAGUUCUGCGUGGAUGCCAGCCAGGUGGGGGCUGGCAGCUGGCUCAAGUACGUCCGUGUGGCAUGCUCCUGUGAUGACCAGAACCUCUCCAUGUGUCAGAUCAACGAGCAGAUUUAUUAUAAAGUCAUUAAGGACAUUGAGCCGGGUGAGGAGCUGUUGGUGCACGUGAAGGAAAGUGCCUACUCCCUUGGCGCGGUGCCACCCAGCCUGGAUGAGGAGCCCACGUUCCGCUGUGACGAGUGUGACGAGCUCUUCCCGUGCAAGGUGGACCUGCGGCGCCACAAGAAAUACGCCUGCGGCUCUGCGGGGACUGCCAUCUACCAGGGCCUGGGGGAGGGGCUCAAGCCCGAUGGCCUCGGUGGCGGGGGCAGCGACCCCUCCCACGAGUGCAAGGACUGCGAGCGGAUGUUCCCCACCAAGUACAGCUUGGAGCAGCACAUGAUCGUCCACACAGAGGAGCGGGAAUACAAGUGUGACCAGUGUCCCAAGGCCUUCAACUGGAAGUCCAACCUCAUCCGCCACCAGAUGUCCCAUGACAGUGGCAAGCGCUUUGAAUGUGAAAACUGCGUGAAGGUGUUCACGGACCCCAGCAACCUGCAGCGGCACAUCCGCUCGCAGCACGUGGGCGCCCGGGCCCACGCCUGCCCCGACUGCGGCAAGACCUUCGCCACGUCCUCUGGCCUCAAGCAGCACAAGCACAUCCACAGCACCGUCAAGCCCUUCAUAUGUGAGGUCUGCCACAAGUCCUACACGCAGUUCUCCAACCUGUGCCGGCACAAGCGCAUGCACGCCGACUGCCGCACGCAGAUCAAGUGCAAGGACUGUGGGCAGAUGUUCAGCACUACCUCCUCCCUGAACAAGCACCGGCGCUUCUGCGAGGGCAAGAGCCAUUACACGCCGGGCGGCCUCUUCGCCCCAGGCCUGCCCUUGACCCCCAGCCCCCUGAUGGACAAGGCAAAGCCCUCCCCCAACCUCAACCACACUGGCCUGGGCUUCAACGAGUACUUCCCCUCCAGGCCCCACCCUGGGAGCCUGCCCUUCUCCACGGGCCCCCCGGCCUUCCCUGCACUCACGCCGGGCUUCCCGGGCAUCUUCCCUCCGUCCUUGUACCCCCGGCCGCCUCUGCUACCUCCCACACCGUUGCUCAAGAGCCCCCUGAACCACACACAGGACGCCAAGCUCCCCAGCCCCUUGGGGAACCCAGCACUGCCCCUCAUCUCCGCGGUCAGCAACAGCGGCCAGGGCGCCAUGGCGGCCACGGGGCCGGAGGAGAAGUUGGAGAGCCGCCUGGAGGACACGUACGUGGAGAAGCUCAAGACCAGGAGCCCCGACAUGUCCGAUGGCAGCGACUUUGAGGACAUCAACACCACCACGGGGACUGACCUGGACACCACGACGGGGACUGGCUCGGACCUGGACAGCGACGUGGACAGCGACCGAGACAAGGGCAAGGACAAGGGCAAGCCCGAGUUUGGCGGCGGCUCGGUGCCCCCAGGGUCCACCCACAGUGGGGCCGAGGUGCCCGUCUUCUACUCACAGCACUCCUUCUUCCCGCCGCCCGAGGAGCAGCUGCUGACCGCCUCGGGCGCCGCCGGCGACUCCAUCAAAGCCAUCGCAUCCAUCGCGGAGAAGUACUUUGGCCCGGGCUUCAUGGGCAUGCAGGAGAAGAAGCUGGGCGCGCUGCCCUACCACUCGGUGUUCCCCUUCCAGUUCCUGCCCAACUUCCCCCACUCCCUAUACCCCUUCACGGACCGCGCCCUCGCCCACAACCUGCUGGUCAAGGCCGAGCCAAAGUCGCCCCGGGACACACUCAAGGUGGGCGGCCCCAGUGCCGAGUGCCCCUUCGACCUCACCACCAAACCAAAAGAGGCGAAGCCCAUCCUGCCCGCGCCCAAGGUGCCCCCGGCACCCGCGUCCAGCGAGGAGCAGCCACUGGACUUGAGCAUCGGCAGCCGGGCCCGCGCCAGCCAGAACGGAGGGGGCCGGGAGCCCCGGAAGAACCACAUCUACGGGGAGCGGAAGCCAGGGGCCGGCGAGGGGCUGCCCAAGGUGUGCCCAGCGCAACUGCCCCAGCAGCCCUCCCUGCACUACGCCAAGCCCUCUCCCUUCUUCAUGGACCCCAUUUACAGCAGGGUAGAAAAGCGGAAGGUGACGGACCCCGUGGGUGUCCUGAAGGAGAAGUACCUGAGGCCGUCCCCGCUGCUGUUUCACCCCCAGCAGAUGGCAGCCAUCGAGACCAUGACAGAGAAGCUGGAGAGCUUCGCAGCCAUGAAAGCAGACUCGGGGGGCUCGCUGCAGCCCCUGCCCCACCACCCCUUCAACUUCCGGUCCCCACCCCCGACGCUCUCGGACCCCAUCCUCAGGAAGGGCAAGGAGCGGUACACGUGCAGGUACUGUGGCAAGAUCUUCCCCCGGUCCGCAAAUCUCACGAGACACCUGAGGACGCACACCGGGGAGCAGCCGUACAGGUGCAAGUACUGCGACCGCUCCUUCAGCAUCUCCUCCAACCUCCAGCGGCACGUGCGGAACAUCCACAACAAGGAGAAGCCCUUCAAGUGCCACCUGUGCAACCGGUGCUUCGGGCAGCAGACCAACCUGGACAGGCACCUCAAGAAGCACGAGCAUGAGGGCGCGCCAGUGAGCCAGCACGCGGGGGUCCUCACAAACCACCUGGGCACCAGUGCCUCUUCCCCGACCUCCGAGUCGGACAACCACGCACUUUUAGACGAGAAAGAGGACUCCUACUUCUCUGAAAUCAGGAACUUCAUCGCCAACAGCGAGAUGAGCCAGGCAUCCUCAAGAACAGACAAGCGGCCAGAGAUCCAGGAGCUGGGCAGCAGCCCCCAGUGUCCAGGCUUAGCCAGCGAGAAGCCAGAGGAUGUGGAGGAGGAGGAAGAGGAGGAGCUGGAAGAGGAGGACGAGGACAGCCUGGCCGGGAAGUCGCAGGACGACACGGUGUCCCCCACGCCCGAGCCCCAGGGAGUCUACGAGGAUGAGGAGGACGAGGAGCCACCCGCCUCCCUGGCCGUGGGCUUUGACCACACCCGAAGGUGUCAUGAGGAGCCAGAGGGCGGCCUGUCAGCUUUGGAGCCGACGCCGGCCUUUGGGAAGGGGCUGGAUCUCCACAGAGCAGCUGAGGAAGCAUUUGAAGUUAAAGAUGUGCUUAAUUCCACCUUAGACUCUGAGGCUUUAAAACAGACCCUGUACAGGCAGGCUAAGAACCAGGCAUAUGCAAUGAUGCUGUCCCUUUCCGAGGAUGCUCCUCUCCACGCCCCCUCCCAGAGCUCGCUGGACGCUUGGUUGAACAUCGCAGGAGCCACGUCGGAGUCUGGAGCCUUUAACCCCAUCAACCACCUCUGAGGGGCCAGGAGGCCCCAGGGCCAGAGUCCAAAGUCGGGGUGCCAGCUGCAGGGAAUGGCGGCGGGCCCCCGGAAGCCCCUGCCACCUGCACUGGAGCACUGCUCGGCACCCAGCCACCACCCUCCAAGUUCAAUUCUGACUUCUCCAGGGAAAACUUGGAACCCAACAGUCCCCAAAGCAGCCAUGGCACCUCCCUGCCUCUGAGAACCGGCCCUGGGAAUAGCCUUCAGUCUCGGCGAGCACCAGCGACGCUCAGGCGGCUCUCGGAGCGGAGCAGCCUUGAAGAAGAGCAUGGCGGGUGAGGGUGGGAUCUCAAGCCCGGAUGGGAGCCCCGGGCUGCUUCUGGGAGCCUGUGUGGCACCAGAGAGUGCACAGAGGACGCAGGUGUGCCCGGAGGAGACACAGGCGCAGUUUUUAUAAUGAAAAUGACCAGAAUGACCCUUUUGGUAAUCUUAUUGACUACAGAGUCUAUUUAAGCAUGUGGGUUUAAAAAAAAAAAAAUAGACAGUAUUUUUUAAAAAAUCAAACAAAAUGACUUGCAAAUUGUUUUUUAAAAGUAAUUUUGCAUUGCUUUGGAAUUUCAGCUUAUUUGCCAACCCAAACCUGCCUGGGCAGCCAGCGCUGUGCUUGGGGUGUACCCUUUAUACUGUAGAUAAUGGAGAAUUUUCUAUCGUUGAUCCUAUUUGUACAAGCCAAGGUGAUUCUGGGUGCCCCCCAAGACAGAAAAGAGGCCCGGGGACUCUCCUUUGAACGUGCGCAGACCCUGCUGAGGAAUUCCUAGACUUAGUGCCUGGCUGCAGGCUUGCUGGAGCCGGGACUGGGAGGUUGCGUGCCCGCUUGUGGCCUGCAAAGAAAUCCACAGGGCCCCACCCAUGACCCCCCAAUUGUAUGGGGAUGUCGGGAGCCCGUGGCUCAGGUCCUGCGUGCAGAGGUGUGGCAGAGCACCUGAUGAUCCUCCCCGCAAGCUGUGCCUCCACCACCCAGGCUGGCCCAGCCGCUCUUCUCAAGGCAGGGUUUGUUGGGACAUUCUGGGUCCCCAACCUCCUGCUCUCACCUGACCCCCAGCAGCUGGAGUGUCCUGCCCGAGGCCGAGGCCGCCAGGUGGGGUGCCCUUCCCAGCUGCACCACUUCAGGACGCCCAGCGCUGCCCGUGCCUGAGGCUCCGCACCGACCACCCGGCCGCCGCUUCUGCUCUUGGCGCAGGUUCUUGACAAGACAGGGUCGGGAGCAGAAGGGGUUGGGGACCUGCUGCAAAGAGCAGAGAGCACAGUCCCCAGGAUGGGCCACUCUCCCUCCCUGGGGAUGUGUCCACCUCUCCAUUCGGACCGGCUUUAAAUUAUUCCCGUAGGGGCCAAUUUCAAGUAAUUUUUUUCCUGAUGGAAUUUACCUUAAUCUGUAUAUAACUUGUAAUUUUUUCUGAUUCUUUUUUUUUUCUUAUUUUAUUUCUUCCUUAACAGUAUUUUUGGCAUUAGACAUUCUUAUUGUGAAGAAAUAAUGUUAAUAUAAGUAUCUAGUGAAGGACCAAAACCGUGUAAUAAGGCUGCGUGUCGUGUGAUCACUAACCAGGGAGUGGGGCGGUUUUUAAUGUGCCAAAUACCCCCGCGUCCCCCCCUCACGAAUCCUGCUGUCACUGCUACCCAUUUACCAGACAAUCAUGUGUUUUGUUAAAUCUGAGUUUCAGCUGCAUUUAAGACAAGUGUUCUAUUUAUUUCUUUUAUUGUUUGGAAGAAAAAAACAAGAAGAGGAAAAAAAAAUUGCCCCAGUUUCCCUUUAAACAAAGAGGAGCAAGAACGCACAGAACCAGGGCACAGGGCCUGACACAGUGUAGCUCUGUGCCCUGCGGGGACCUCCCCGUGGUGUUCCCCGGGGGCAAUAGGCAGUAUUGAAGCCGGCGUGUUCCAUGAGUGUCCCAGUGGCUCGAGGCCAAAGAUGACCGCCCCUUGAUGCCAGGUGGCCAGGUGGCCAGGUGAGCUCUGGAGACACACCCCGGAGGCCCCUGCAGACACCAGGGACCUGCAGGUCACAGUGAAAGGGCUUCUCCCCUUGCUAAAACAGAGAGCCAGCCUGCCCCUGGACUGGCCUUGCGCACCUGUGCGCAGGCUGGAAAGACGCCCUCGGGGGAGCCGGGGAGCCUGAGCCGCUGGCCGACCCGCAGGGACUCGCAAACACACCAGCCCAGGACGGCUCCUCACAGACCCGCCAGGUCCGGCCCAGGAAUUUCCACUUCCUCCUUGAACUAGGGUGGGACCCUCACAAAAAUCCAACCUCAGAUACAAACCCCCCACUUCUGUAAACCCAAAUUAUAUGAUUUCUUCUGCGAAAGAAUAAGGUGUGUGCUUUUCUUUGCGAUGUGCUGCUCUCUCCCAGCGGGAAGUCCGGAUGGAGGAGGCCGAGGUGUGUCUUGGCAGCUGCAGGACAGACAGGCCCCCCUCGUCACCCUGGGGUGCCCUGCCCAGUUCUGUCAUCGGGGGCGCAUCUUCCCGCGCAUUUUCUCUUCUCUUCCUUCUCUUCUUCCCUCUCUCCAAAGAGCCCUGGCUGCACAUUUGUCAUGUAUUUUUGUCCCCGAAAGGAUAGCAGGCCCAGCUUCUCUUGAACACUCAGCCCCCUGGGCCCAGCACUCGGCAUUUUGGGGUGCUCUGCCCUCAGACCCCCUGACGAAGAGAGCGAUCCCUAAGUUGCGUCAGUGCUUGGUACUGCCCCAGACCCAGCCAGCUCCAGGCUCCUGGCUUUCCUGUGCCCAGGUGGCAGUGGCAGCCCACAGGUGUCUGGUCACUCAGGCCCAGUGUCCUCCACACUAGGAGACCAACUGGGGGUCGGGGGGCCAAGCCAAGACCCUGGCCCCCAGAGCACCAAGCCCAAACAGGGGGCCGUGUGGCUAUGCGGCAAGGGCAAAGAAGGGUCGAGGCGGCUGGCUUGCGGAAGGUGGCUCAGGUUGAGGCCAGUCUGCCCAGCGUGUGGCCUUGAGGAUAACUCCUUUGGAUUGUUGGCCCUCGUCCCCCAACAGAAAUUCAGAGGAGGCCCCUGCACCUUCCCUCUACGUCCUGGGGACCCUGUCCCUGGUGAGGCCCCACCUGUGUCCUGUUGCUGCCCCCAUCCCAGGAUGCUCAGGGAGGACAUGUGGGGCUGCCCAUCCUACUGAACAGGCAGAUUCUGCAUGAGCGAGCCCCGUGAUGUCCCUGAGCAAACCCAGGGAGGUGGACUAGUGGAUGGGGUAAGCACAGAGUGGCCUGAGAGACUGCCCAGCCCGAGGGGCCCUCCUUCCCAAGGCCAAGAGUGCAGCUGGCCUUUCCAGACCCUGCUGGACCCAGACCCCCGUGACCCAGAGUCCAGCCCUGGAGACCGGAGGGCCCUUGGCCCCUCUGCUUCUGCUCCUUCCCCAGCGAGCAUUUGCAAACACCCUCCCUGAUACAUAUCACGUGUUUUAGCACUGGAUUGUGGUCCCUGUCCCCAUCCUCGUCCCUUGCCUGAGUGACUGAAACCUACUGAGCUCUUCCAGGGAGGGGAGAGGAGGGCUUGCCCCAUACUGCCGCAGGAUGGGGACGGGGGUCGGGGAGCCGGGGCGGCGCUCCCUCCCGGCUGGGAACACCGGACACCGUUCCUGGUCAGUGGAGGCCAGCCGGGUGUCCAGAGCCGUGGAACUGUCCGCCGCAUUGAGUGAUACUGUGACGAAGACGUCUUGCGUCAUUCCGAGAAGAGUCCCUUUCUCUUUCAUUCCAUUUUUCAUUUGUUUGUUUAUUCAUUCUUUUCUGUCACGGAUUCACAGUUACCACUUUUGGCAAAAAAAAAAAGAAAUCCCAAUACCCACAGGCAGCUUGAGUUUCCAAAUGCGCAAUUCACCUGUGAACAAGGUAACUCUAGAGAUGUCCUUCAGCGCCUCCGGUCUCGCCGCUUGUUCAGCGCAAGGGAAGCGGAGCCCUGGAGUCAGAAUCUGUAAUUUAAAGCGUGUAUAUAGGUAUACUUUGUAACUGAGGGUCUGUCUGCAUUUCUGCAUAUGCAUUGCCCCGGCCGCACGAGGACCACAGACCUGUGCGUCCACGCCAUUGUUACAUGGCAGAUUGGGUUGAGUUCUGUUUUGGGGUUUUUUUGUUUUGUUUUGUUUUGUUCCUUUUAGAACUGUAUAGUGUUGAAAAAGAAAUCAAAUGUAAAUGUCUGGUUUUCAUAUAUCGUUUUGUUUUUGCUCGCCGCACAGCUCCGUGGUUGUAAAUCGCUUCUGCUGUUUAUAAGCAAACUGUGCAUGACUCGUGUUUAGCGGUCAUUAUCGUGUCUGUUUGUGAAAUUUUAUUACGAGGAAAAUUCCGUAGAUGCACUUAUGGAUAUGUGAGUAGGGUCCACGUCCAGACUGGGAGCCCUAAGCCACCCACGCAGAGGGCAGGCCCUCCCUGACCCGGAAGUCGCUGCAGGAGGGCGGUGAAAUGAGAAGACAUGGGGCGUAGUAGAGAAUCCAGAGCCAUCUUGCAGAUUUCAUUUUGAUGCUCGUGAUGAAGACAGAUGUACUUGUGUAGAGAGAUUUCUUUAAGGUAAAGCCUAGCAGAAGCUGAUUUUGAGGUUAAUGCUGUAGAAUAGGACUGUAUACCAAAUGUAAUCUUUCCAAUGCCACAAUGAAUUUAUACAUGAGAUUGAUAUGCAAUAAAUCUGUGUGGUUUUCUAA